CACCCCUUUAAGUGGUUGACCUGCAUCCAAGCCUUAAAUGCAGAGUUGGAAAAAGUAAGAUUGUCUGCUUAGCAAAUCAUAGAGGCUGCAGAUAUGGUUGAACAGUUUGUUGGGUCAUGGAAGAUGGUUUCCAGUGAGAACUUUGAUGAUUUCUUGAAAGCAAUGGGUGUUGGAUUCGCCAUCCGACAGAUUGCAAGUCGGACUAAACCCAGUUUGAUAGUGACCUUGGACCAAGGAAUCAUCUGCUUGAAAAUGCUCAGUUCUUUCAAAACAACAGAAGUCAAGUUCAAGCUCAACCAAGCUUUUGAUGAAACAACGGCGGAUGGUCGGAACACAACGAACAUCGUGACCCUUGAAAAUGGCAAACUCGUGCAGAUUCAGAGCUGGGACGGCAAGGAAACGACCAUUGAGCGGGAAAUAGUAGAUGGAAAACUAGUUACGAAAUGCAAGAUUGGUAAUGUUGUUGCUGUGAGGACGUUCCAGAGGGAGGCGUGAUUGGACGUCCACGGUGGCUGACAGGCUCAGACCCAGAAGCACAAACAUCGUUACAGCAAUGGAUCCGGCCCUUUCUCACGAGCCAAACAGCACAGCUCCAGACCUGGCCUAAGCACUCGUCAUCUCCCGCCUCGACUACUGCAACGCGCUGGUGACUGCAUCAUUUUGACUGUUAAACCUGCGUUGUAAUUUUGUGGUUUUGUGGUCUUUUUAUAGUGUAAUACAUUUCAUAAAGCUUUUGAUUUCUUAUCAGUCAGAUGAAGCCCAUAAAUCAUUAAAUCCACCUUAACAAAGCACCAAAUCAAGAAAUAUGAGACCCUCUAUUAACAGAUUUUGGAAAACAUGUUUUUUCUUCUGUUGGAAUAUCUCUGAUGUAAUAAAUCCCCUUAAUUUUUACCAAGAUAGACAAAGGGAAUGCUCAGAAUGCUCAGCUACAAUUUAUGUGUAAUAAUAGAAAAUCUCGAAUAAUUGUAAUAAACCUGGAUUAAGUUAUUAUGUAUACACUGUGAAACGUCUUCGGCCCAUUUACUACAUAUUUUCAAGGAGUAGUCAUAUUUUGUAUAUAUUUACAUCUUGAACGACAUUUAUGCUUAAAAUGAUAAAAAAUUUAAUAUAUACAAUGUCAAAGGAAAAUUAAAAAUACAGCACGUCAAUAAGGAAACAAAAUAAACUACAGGCAACAACGUU